AUGGAAUUGGAUGAAGAAUACAAUGCAUUCCUACAAGAUCUUCAACAAUAUCCUAAUUAUUUUCAAAUGGGAACAGAGAAUUGCAGUUCCAACUUGUGGAGGAAAAUUUCCAAAAAAUUAGAAGACGAAAAAGAGGAUCUUCCAAAUUUUAGCGAUAUGGUCCAAAUAAGGAAUCAGAAUUUGGAAGCCUGUGUCUCAUAUAAUUUAGGUGAUGUGGACAAGGCUGAAAACAUUAUUUCUAAAGUUUUGGAGGAUACCCACUCUUCUAGUAUCAAUGCUUGUGCAAUGAUGGCCAUAUUGAGCUAUAAAAAAGGAGAGAUCACAAAAGCUAAGAGAAAUUUAAGCCGCAUCAAAGAAUUAGCAGCUGAUCCUUACAAUAUUGAUGUAGCUAAAUCAGAAUUGGCCUAUGCCUAUACAAGACUUAACCCGAAAUAUUACACGAAAGCCAUUGCAGCAUAUGCAGAAGCUGUGGAAAGAAAUCCGAACAACUUCCCAUGGAAAUUUGGUUUGGCUCAAAUUUAUAGAAGAUGUAUGAACACACCCAUCCAGGCAAUGUUUCCAGAUUUACAGAUAGAGACCUGUUUUAAUGAAGCUAAAAAACACCUAGAAUAUGUUUUAGAGAACUGCACUGAUAAAAAAGAUCGUUUUUUCAAAGCAAGAUCAUACAUCGAGCUGGCUGACCUAUAUGGUACGGCUAAUACAACUUCUAUUGCUAAAACUCAUAUACAUAAGAUUACACAUUUAGUUCACCAAGGAGUACAAUGUCUACCUGAGAACACCAAUGUCUUAAUGAAAGGUGGAAAACUUCUCAGACAUUGUUUCCAAUUUAAAGAAGCUGAGGCGUUACUUCAAAAGGCCUACGAUAUCUGCCCUAAUUCCUACAUCUGUCAUCAACUUGGUUUGAUUCGAAGGAACAAUAUUAUCCAUCACCAUGGAAAACCACAGCAAUAUUCUAAGAGAAACCAAAGAUAUGGCCCAAGCCAGGCUUCCGGUUCAUGGAGAGGUUCUUCUUUCCCAUCCACCAUGCCUGCAGUCAAUAAAAAGUUGGAUUGCCUGGCAUCAAGCAAAAAUAAAUCUACUGAUGGUUCUACCAAUACAGGUAGGAGAAGAGAUCUAGCUGAAACUUUGUCAAAAAUGUCUCUGAGUGUUUCAAAGAACUCUGAAGAUUCCUCAUCAUCAGAAACAAAUCAGCGAAACGACCCAAUAGUUAAAAUGACGAGACUGAUAAAUUCACCGGGGAAGGAAACUUAUGAUUUUGAAUUAUCCAGAAAACUAGGCCCUUGCAUUGAUCUGUUUAGUCAGUCUGCUGAGUUAGGACAAGAACAAAACAUGGCUGUAUAUUAUGAUUGGGGAAUCACCCUAUUACAGAUGACACCCACUAACUAUGAUGAAGUAAUGGAGAAAUUCAACCAUAUUUUGGAACAUGAUCCUUCUCCAUUUUAUCGAUACAGAUGUUACGAGCAGUAUGGGAUAUGUAAAAUUCGUAUGAGUGAGUCGCAAGAUUUCGACCAAACAUCGAGAGAAGAAUAUCGUCAAGAUGCUGUGGAAAUGUUUCGAAGAGCAAUACGAUGCUGGGCAUAUUGUCAAAAAAUAAAUUUAGGCAAACAUUUUGAUGAUGCUGAAGGCAAUUGUACUUCUUUGAAAUCAAUUCGCGAAAUUAUUUUGGGAGAAGAUUCAGAGCAUAGAACAAAACCAAAGAAGGAUAUGGCAAGCCUGUAUUACUUGGUGAGACAAUACGGUUCUUCUCUAAGUCUUUAUCAGGAAGUCCAUGACAAGCUCAAACGUGCCUCUGAUACUGACACUGACAGUGAGGUUAUUCAAGGUAUCAUCAACAAUCAUAUACAGCUUCAACAAUUCACUGGUGUCCUCGAUCUGCUGGCUCUACUGCUGUGUUCGAAAGAAGCACUUCAGUGCCUCGAGUUCAAAACUGAAGUACUGACACAGAUGAUGCACCAUUCAAUUGAUACAAAUGAUUACAAACUAGCAGAAUCAGUUUUUAAUUUUGAAAAAGAUCCAAAUGAAGAAUGUGAUAGCGAUGUUGCAAUAAUUUUCAACAAAGACGAUCAAGUUACUAAAAAGACAGCAGCCAGUCUGCCGAAUUGGUUGGGUGCCUUCAGCAAGUCUGGUCUGAAGGUGAUAAAAAGUUCUGAGACAGCAGCAAAUCUGCCUGGAAUACAAGAACAGAUCAAACUCAUCUCUAACAGUAAAAUGGUUAUCUUCAUCCUAGCCAACGAGAAUCCAUCAGAGUUAACCUACUUAAUGAACACAGCAUUGAAAGCCCGGUGCAGUGAUGACCAUAUCUUGAAGAAGAUUUUUCCAAUUAUCAUCAAUGAUGGAAUGGUUCCUGAUAUUUUUCAGAAUUUCAAAACCAUGAAGAUGACUCACAAUCUAAAUACUGUAGAUGAACAGAACAAAUCCUCAUUCUUGAAAACAUUCAGUGAGAUAUUUUUGGAGUAA